ACCUUUUGCAGUAAUCCCUCUCGCUGCUCCCUCAGUCUCCUUCCUCCUCUCUGCAUUCCGUGAUUCUGUCGCCUCCGCUCCAUCCCUCUCGCACUGGAUCAUCCACCAUAAAUAUAGCUCGUGCCGGUCGAUCGGCCGUGCAGGUGAAAGUAGCGGCGCGAAGCCAGGUAGCUAGCUAGCUAGGAAAUUAAAAAGGGGCCAGCCGGGGAACGAUCACGACGAGCUAGGGGCGCCGGAGCCAUGGGGCGGUCGCCGUGUUGCGACAAGACGAAGGUGAAGCGGGGGCCGUGGUCGCAGGAGGAGGACGCCGUCCUCAGGAGCUUCGUCCAGAGGUUCGGCAAUGCCGGCAAUUGGAUCGCCCUGCCGCAGAAAGCAGGUCAUAUAGUAGCUGCUACUACAGAAACUAGCUUGAUUGCUUGCCUCAUCAGUUUCUUCUUCUUCUUCUUCUUCUUCUUCUAGUUUUUCUUUUGUUUUUGCUUUCUACCACCAGCAAGCACCGACCAUCGUUUUCCGCGUGAAUGCGAACUGCAAACAUCAGCGGGGUUGGUGCAUGCUGCACUGUAGUCAAAGGCUUCGGUUUGGUUGAUCUGUGUGCGUCGUCGUCGUCCUUUCCUUCUGGUUACGCUGACGAUGAGGUGUUGGUUGAUUAUUGUCUCGUACGUCGUUCAGGGCUGAAACGAUGCGGUAAGAGCUGCCGUCUUCGCUGGCUCAACUACCUCCGCCCGGAGCUCCGGCACGGCGGCUUCACCGACGAGGAAGACAGCCUCAUCUUGUCUCUCUACGGCGAGAUUGGAAGCAAGUGGUCGGUGAUAGCGUCCAGACUCCCCGGACGGACGGACAACGACGUCAAGAACUACUGGAACACCAAGCUCAAGAAGCGGUACUUGGCGUCGUCCACGUCCACGGGAGAAGCAAGGCCGCCGCCGCCACCACCAGCUCCUCCUAGCGCUAGCGGCGACGACAGCAGCGCCGCCGCCGACAGCCACCAGGCCCAACAAGACGAACCCUCUCUUCCGCUGACACCUCCAGCCUUCAGUACCGACCUCGAUACGACCUUUGCCGUUGUCGACGACGACAUGCUCCUCUUCAAGUCCGAUCAGCUGUACGCCGAGCUCGUGGGUCUGGUCGAGAAGAAAUCGCAGGCCACAGCUGGCCCGUCCACUGGUGGUGGCGGGGACGAGGCUAAUUCGACGGCCACGCCAUCGUCCUCGUCGUAUGGAACUGGGACAACAAACAGUCCCACGGUUAGCAGCAGCUCAGGUAGCUGCGCCCUGUGGCCCACGGACGUGCAUGGCACAACGCUGCUGUCCGAACCCACCAGCAGCAGCCUGUUCGACGACGCUUACGGUGUUGGCGACGACGCGUUCGGAGCGGCGGCUCUGCCUGCGUACUCCUUCCAAGACCUUCUGGCCUCGUCUUACGACGAUGCUACUGCUGCGGUGGUGACGCAGGAGUUGAUGCAGUACUACCAGUAGUAGUAGUACUGUAGGCAUGUGGUCAAUCUGGUGUGAUGUGUAACUGGUUAAUUAGUUACUAUAUGGCCAGUAGAGAUGGUAGGUGCUAGGCAGUGGUUAGACGAUGAAGACGGUGAUGACGGUAAAAGACGUCACCAUAUGGUCACACCCCCUGUCAAAAGAUUACUUGAGGUCGAGAGCAGAAAGAUUAAAUAUAAUGGAACCUCGAUAUUCAUAUUCGACCAAUAAA